CGGGUGCUCCCCGGGCCGGGGCGGCUGAGAGCGGGAACCUCCUCCCCAGCCAGCCGAGGCGGCCACGGCGCUCCCGCCCCUCCUGGCCAUCCCUCGCCGGCGGCUCCACGCUGCCCACCCCGCUUUUAAGUAGGGGGGAGGGGAGGGGGGUCGUGUCAGGAUGAAGGAGCCGCUGCUCGGGAGCAUGGCCAUGCCGGGCAAGUCCCUGCAGAAGGCUUGCCGGCUUCUCGUGGUCUUCUGCGCCCUGCAUCUCCUCGUUACACUCCUUUACUACUUGUCGGGACGGGAUUUCGACGUCCUGCAGCUCUUCUCCAAGCACCAGCAGAGCCAGGAGGGGCUCAGCUCCGUGCCCGUGACCAUGACCGAGGUCGCCAGGGAGUCGCUGGCAGUCUCCGCGGCUACGGGAUUGGAAAAACCAGCCGGGGACCAGGCGGCGGCGCCUCCCGAGGAGGCCACGGAGACUACGGAGACUGGGCCGCCUAGCAAAGUCCAGUUGCUGCCCAGCUGCCCAGACCCGUCGCCUCUGCUGGUUGGCCCAUUAAACGUGGAGUUUGUGCACCCUGUGAAUCUGGAAACCAUAGUGAAAGAAAAUCCUAAAUUGAGGCGCGGAGGUCGAUUUACCCCAGAAGACUGCAGAGCACUUCAAAAAGUGGCCAUUAUUAUCCCCUUCAGGAACCGGGAUGAACAUCUACGUUAUUGGCUCUUUUAUCUCCACCCCUUUCUACAGCGUCAGCAGCUGGAUUAUGGGAUAUAUGUGAUAAAUCAGGAUGGCGAAGAAACAUUCAAUCGUGCUAAGCUUCUGAAUAUAGGCUUUCAGGAAGCCCUGAAAGAAUACGACUACGACUGCUUUAUAUUUAGUGAUGUAGAUCUGAUUCCUAUGGAUGACAGGAAUGCCUACAGGUGUUUUGAUCAGCCGAGACACCUCUCUGUGUCAAUGGAUAAAUUUGGAUAUAGAUUACCUUAUAACCAAUAUUUUGGAGGUGUCUCUGCUUUAAGUAAAGAACAGUUCCUCAAAAUAAACGGAUUUCCUAAUAACUAUUGGGGUUGGGGAGGUGAAGAUGAUGAUAUUUAUAACAGAUUAAUUUAUAAAGGCAUGUCUAUAUCACGCCCAAAUGCUGUCAUUGGAAAAUGUCGAAUGAUCCGCCAUUCAAGAGAUCAAAAAAAUGAGCCCAAUCCACAAAGAUUUGACAGAAUUGCACACACUAGACAGACCAUGAACCAUGACGGUUUGAACUCACUUACCUACCAGCUUUUGGCGGUUGAAAAAUACCCUCUCUAUACCAAAAUCACAGUGGAUAUUGGGUCACCAAGUUAGCGUCCAAGUGUGCUCAAUGAAAGACCUGAAAACAAUCAAGGACCUAUGUUGCCUCUCUUUGUAAACUUGCUGGGAUUUUUUUCCAACUUUGCCUUUUGUUUUACUACAAUCAGAACAAGAAUGCCUCAUGUAAUUAUUCAGAAACUUUUCCAAAUCACUAGGACGAGUGGGAUUCUUGCCCCCAACUUGACUCAGCACAUGACUUUUCUAGCUGUAAGUUUUAAGAGACUGUAUAUAAGCAUUGUUGGUUAUUUAUGCCCUUGUUGGAGACGAUCUGAUUAUGGUUCUUAACAGCCUACCCUGCAAUAAGUUGUCCAUUGCAAAGAGCUAAAAAUCACUGCAUUCUACCUUCAGUGAUUGGUGGUUAAUUCCAAAUGAUCAAUCUGCCAAAUUUUUGUGUGAUAUAUAAGAAUUUUGCUUUAAAUUUGUUGUAAUAUUUAAUUUUAUGAAGGACUGGAAAAUGCUGCUAAAAUUGGUUUACAAGUUUACAUUUUGGGAAAUCAGUUGCCAGGUCCCAAUCAGCUAGUAAGGGCUAAGGCCCUUUAAGAACCAAAGGAGGUAUUAGAGAAAGUCCCCAGGGGGCUGCUGAAAAGCCCUCUCUUUCCUUUUGCAGGUUUCUACCUUAAGGCUUUAGUCAGCAUCAUCCAUCAUCCCCAUCCUCUGUCGGGCAUCAACCUGCUCUGACUCCAACCUUCUCGUUCAUUUCCUCGUCCUCUGCUGCUAUGAUCUUAGGUUCUGGCUCCCCAAUUGUGCCUUGAUUGAAUCUGCUUGGCUGGCCUUGGCAGAUUGGUCCCUUGUGUCUUCUCCCAGGUGGAUUUCCCCUAGGACUCGAUUUGAACAUUUCUUUUUUUUUCCCUUCUGCCACAAGUGAGCCUAGCUUGUCCAUCACCAAUCCCAAAUGGGUCUUGCUCUCUCCUGGCAUCAAUGAAGCUUGUCUAUCCCAGAUCUCCACCAUGGUUUAUCCUAGAUGUAGACUGGUUGUGAGUUGAUGGUGUGGUAUAUCUCAUAGCUUCCCUUUAUGCACUAAAAUGGUACCCUAUACAGGGAGAAUUCUCGCUGUCAUGGGGCAGGCAGGCAACUGAGUUGAGGAUGCCUUUGCCUUCAGCCUGAAGUUGUAUUCUUUGCCAAAGAGUCUUGAAGUUCCCUGAUUCCGGGUUCAGAUGCCCACCCUAUCUGUAUCUCAAUAGCCUCCUGUACCAAUAUUUUCCCUGAAAGAUUGGACAGUAAGACAGAGGAACUUUCCAAUUUUUUUAAAGCUUUACUGUAAACUAUUAAUGCACCUCUUAAUACAUGGACUAUUCCUAUUCCCUAAGACUAUCUCUACAUCUGAUCUUAGCCAAAAGGCCAAGAAGCGAUCCUAAGACUAUAUCUAAAUGGGAUUCUCCUAUCUUAGUGCCCUCAUUGUAGUCAUGGCCAUGCAGGACUUCCUGUAGUCAUAAGUCUGCCAUUACAUCAACACAGAGUCCUACAAUGUGAGAGUUGGAAGAGACCUUAGUGCCUUUCUAGUUAAACUCACACAUGAAAGGAAUCCCCAUCAGACUCAACAAGUGGUUGUCCAACCUACCCCUAUUUAGGUAGGUAAGUCAUCCUAUUUUAGACUGCUCUCCUUGUUGGGAAGUUCUUCCUGUCAUCACACCUAAAUUUAUCUCUGCAACUUCUACCCAUUUUCUGAGGCAGUCUAAACCCCUUUCCACCUGAGAGUCCUUCAGAUCCCUGAAGACAGCAGUUGUGUCACCCAUAAGUCUUCUCCAGGCUAACUAUGCCCAGUUCCUUCAAAUGACUUCCAUAUGACGCAACUUGAGGAUCCUUCACUAUCCUGAUUGCCUUCCUCUGAACACUUUGCAGUUUAUCCAUAUUGUUCUUAAACUGAGGCACCCAGGACUAAGUGCAGUACUCCAGAUAAGAUCUGAUAAAGGCAGGGCACAGUGGAAUGAUCCCCACCCUGUUCCUGGAAGUGAUGCCUCUCUUCUUAAUGCAGCCCAUGAUUGCAUUAGCUUUUUUUGGAAGCUGACUCAUAGAGCUUAGAAUCCAGUAAGACCCCAAAACUUUACUUUCAUCCCUUUUAAUUUGCCAAAGAUUGAACCAGGAAACUCCCUAGCUGCUGAUAAUCUUAGGGGGAAGAUUAAUUAAUUCAUCUUAGGGCUCUGGUGCCAUCGGUGUAGUUAGGGACACCCUGCCUGCUCCAGCCUUUCCCUUUUGGUUAAGUGUCCUCCCCACAGAGCUGGCUGCAUCCCUCUGUUCACCUCAUAUUUCAAUAUCCCGUCGGUCUCUCUGCAAGCAGAGAAAAUACUUUUCCUUUGCUUAUUGUUACCAAGAACUGGUGCAUGGAUUUUGCCACUUGGACUGUUAUGCCUCCCACCCCCAGCACAAGUGGUGGGGGUGUCUGCCCCAAAUCUAACUUUUUUUUUUGCAUAGUCACUGUUGAUGUCCUCACUCAAGUACGGCUUUUACCCCUCUUCCACAGUCCGCCUCCCUGCCUUUUCCCCAUGUAAUUAUGGAGGGGAACCAGACACUAUUCAGACCAUCAAACCACCUUUUAGUAGACAAAGGUAGACUAUAAAUAGAAUAUAAAUUGAAGAGCCCUUGCAAGUGGAGGACCCAGCAUCAUUCAGUACCACAACCUGCAUUCAGGGCGUCUUAACCAGAAACACGGAAUCAUUCAUUCUUCAUGGAACAAUUGGCCUUUCUCUUCUAACUCCCACUCUUCUCCUUCUGCCCGUCUCGUUCCUCCACCUACCAUGAUGAUCUCAUAUCCAUCCUUACUGUAGCAGAGUCGGUGAUUUAGACCGUCCUCGACUCUCCACCACUCUGCGAGCUCUAGUACAGCUUCGGUAGGAAGGACCAGGAACUGACUGCAGUUCAGGAUGCUCUUGGACAAUGGGAGGCUCCCUUCCCCAGCUCAGGUCUUGGGGGGCCAAUAGGAGAAGGGCUCAAGAUCCUUGAACCAAAGAGACUCAUUAAAAGGUGCUCCAUUCUGCAGAUUCACGUCUGCAGUUGGCCUCUAACCAUCUGUCUUGGCCCGUUUUCAUCCGCCUUUAUUUCCUUAACCUCUGACCCAUUCCUUACUCCAUUCUCCCAGUCUGCCCUGCCUGUGAAUAGAACCCGUUGAUUCUGUUGUUCUCCUUUCCUGCUCCCUCACCCACUCCUGUUGGAUCCCCUUGACUUGGCCUUUGUACUUCCUCUGACGCUUUUUCCAUAAGGACAGUGGGCUCAUUCCCUGCUUUUAUGGGGGAGACCUUUGCCCCACUCUGAUGAUGCCAGUAACCUCUGUGACUCUCCCUUCCGCCUAAGCUUCUGUACCAGAGCUGUGCCCCGGGUGAUGCUUAGGAGUCUUUUCUUUGACUACACUGUAGAGGGUAGGUUUUGUUGCUCCUAGUAUAACAAAUACCAAAUUUUUCUGGAGAAUGAGUGCAAUUUAAAUAAUGCCCUGUUCAGCUUGCUUUUCGAGUAAUAGUUGUCCAAAGGUUUAGCUCAACGACAGCCAUUUUUGUAGUAUUCAUAGUCUAUUUCUGUCUCCCCCCACUUUAAUCCUGAGGCGCGCUAGCCCUCGGAGCAAGUGUCGGAUGCUAGAUUGUUUCCGUGCUCAGUCUCCAAAUUGCCUUAUUUCUGAGGACCGAUAAAUGUUUUAAUCGCAAUUUGCUUUGUUGAAAAUGGACAAAUCGGGUUGUAAUUGUGGGAUGCAGUGAUCUGUUUUGAUUCAGGUUUUACGUCGAUGUGUAGAGAUCAUGGAGACGACUUGUUCUUCCAGUAGUGUGGCAUAAACUUGAAUUUCCUGUGUACACUUUCAUGAUCAUGUUUUCCGUGUCACUGAGGUUAGGAGUUGUGGAGGCGAAUACUGGGAUGCUGUAUUGGGUGUUGAUUUUACAGAGAGAAAAGGUAGCUUCGAGCCUCUGGACCGUCUCGUUGUUGCUUGGGUUUACCCUGCCUUCCCUUGGCCAGGACAGGGUGUCCAUCUUGUCUGGGAAGAAGCUUACUAGUGACCAGACCCAUUCAUUCUCCCCUCAUUUCUCACACUGUUCCUGCUCCAUCUCCUGUCUUCCCUGUCUCCUUCCGCCCAGUUUUUCCUUGCUGUCGUCUGCCUGUUUCCUACGAUUGCCAACAGCAUCUUUCAUCCAUUCAUCGCCUCUCUUCGCACAGACUUAAAUCGGGUGCCUAAACCUUUCUGUACCCCACAAGAUUUUCUGUGAUGGUUUCCAUAACUGUGUGAAUGAACAAUCAGGGAGAUCUGGUCCCCCCUCCUCCCCCCAUUGUGGCCCCCCUGGGGUGGAGGCUAAGACCCUCAUUUGGGAAUCCCAACAAUGCCGGCUCUCCAAGCGAUGGGACCUUGGGCGAGCCCUUUUCUCUCUGUAAAAUAGAUAAAUGUCACCUACCCGACCUGCCUACCUCACAGGGCUGUUGUGAGGGUUAACUGAGAUCAUGGCAUGUUCCUCGCUUUGCUGUUCCUGGGGAUCUUGGCACAUCCGACCAGGAGGUGAAAUGAGCUUGUCCCCCCACAAGUCCCUGAAUAUUCAGCCUGGUUAAACCGAUUGGCUUUUACCGUGGAAUGAGGUCCAAAGCUGAACUCUAGAGCAGAGAUAAUGAGACCCACGUUCUAGCUAGGCGCAGCUCGUAGUCAUCACGGGUGACCGUAGAAAUGGGGGACGAUGGACGUUAAGGUCCCUCCCGUCUCACGUUCCACCUAGCCUUCGGAUCUGCCCAUUUGCUGCGAGGAGAACCCUUGGAAACCUUCACAUGGCUAAAAAACUGAAGCGAUGUGUUUUCCUUCCUUUACAAGUCCGGGUAGAUCCCCUCUCCGGUCUUAGACCAUAGCUGUGGUUCUCCCUGUCCCAAGAACUGGACACAUGAUUUGUUGUUCUAACUUUUUUUUCAGGAGAGUUUUAUGGUUAUUUUAAAAAAAUCUGUUUACUACCCUAACAGCUAUGCUAUGCAAAGAAAUGGUUCUAUGAGGUUUUUAAUCCUAACGGCUGUGUUCUCAGAGCCAGAAAAGCUUUCCCUAGGAACAUAGCUUUGAGAGAGAGGGGGAUGCAAGUCUUGAGAAUUCUUGCUCUCUCUCCUUUCCCAGGUCACCUUUGACCAGGGUUGUUUUACAAAGUGCCUUAUACAAGGGAGCAAAAGCCCAGAAGAGCAACUUCUCUGGUGCCUAUUUUAAUUUCAGUACCAAAUCCUUAAACCUCAUUCAUUCAUUCAUUGACUAUUUCAACUUCCUUGGUGUUCCUUUCAAACCUUUGAGUGUGUGACAUUCUCUGCACGAGGGAAAACGUACAUCUUUCCAGCCCUUGACCAUUUCCUAGCCUUCUAGAGAUGCUUUAGGAGAGUUAGCUGUUGCUGAAUGUUCGUCAGACUGUGAAAUUCCUACUGGACUCCAUCAGUCCAUGAAAUGCAGUCUUUGUUCUCUCUCUCUCCCCCUCCUCUCUCUCUCUCUCUCUGUCUCUGUCUCCCCCCCACCCCCCUGUCUCUGUCUCUUUCUCUGUCUCUCAAUGUCUCUCUCUCCCUCUCUGUCUCUGUCUCUGUCUCUCUCUCUGUCUCUCUGUCUCUCUCUCUCUCUCUCUCUCGGGGAUCUUUCAGGGUCUAGUUUUCUAUACACAUUUUUUAUCCAGAAGUGAAUUGUGACUGUGAAACGUAUCAUUUUUGUUUCUAUUAGUUUACCUGUUCCGUUGCUGGCUGAAAAAGUCUUUAGGGAACUAAUGAAAAGUACACACAACAUAAUUUCAGCAUAAAAGAAAGUACAAGUGCCUGUUUUUUCUCGAGCCUGUACUCAGAGUUAGGUGUGUUAUGCUGUUACUUUGAACCGUAAACAUGACAACAGCUUGUUACGUGGUCAUUUGGUUUGUCUUCAAAUCCUAAUUCUGCUUUGCACUUUUUUGUUAACUUUUGUGUGUGUGCACGUGUAUAUGUGUGUAUAUAUACAAUUGUAAGCGCUGGGAGGAUGGGUAUUCCAGCCUUGAUAUUCAUAACAGAUGAGAAGUGUAUUUUUUUUGGCCUUUAAAUUCAAUAAUGACUUGAAUAAAUGAGCUUAUCUUUAUAAA